AUGGAUCAUCAACAACCAUACUCAUCCGACGGAGAAUACUCCUCUAGUAGCAACAACAACUCUUCCAAUAAUAAUACAACUCCAACAAAAUCGAAAGCGGGAGAAUUUGGCAGACCUCUCAUUCCCUUUUUCAUUGAUGGAACCAACAACAAUGGAACUACACCAACAGGUGGAUACUCCGUAAACGAAGAUUUAUUUCUAACAGACGAACAGGCACAACAACAACAACGCGUUUUUGUUCCAAAAGGAGAGAAAUCAAUUCGAGUGCGAGAAUUUAAAGAUGGCUACUUUGAAUACAAAGAUCUUUCUUUGGACACGGUCAAAGACAAAUUAACAUUUGAUGCUAGGAAUUCGUCAUCAUCAUCCUCCAUUAACAACAAUAAUAAUUCCUCUUCUUCUUCUCAGCAACCAAAUUUCUUUGCUCAACACGUUACAUCACCUCCACAGUCAGACAAAUCAGCAGCAUCAGAUAAUGGCCUUGGAAAAAAGUCAAGAACCUCCACGAAGGAUCAUUUUGCUAAUUACGAAAGAAUGGUUGUUCCCUAUCAGCACUAUAACACCACAACAAAAUCGAACGACAACAGCAGUGGAGACGAAAAUAUGGCACCUGAAAAAUCCAAUAACCGUGACAAUAAGCCUUCAUCUCAUCUAAAUGGUGAAAAUAUUGGAGAAGACGAUGAAAACCAAAGAGAUAAAAAGAAAAAGAAGAAGGUCAUGGUUCCUGUCAAUGUUCAAAAACAGAGCAUUUCAAAUAGUAGUAAUAGCAAUAGUGGAAAUUCAGGAUCGAGCACUGCUCUGAGAUCUGUAUUGAAGAAAAGCCCCUCAUCAGCACGUGCCUCAUCUUCAAACGAUACCAAUAUCAGUACGAACAAGUCAUCUGUGUCAACAUCUUCAAAUGCCUUUCCUCAAUCCUCAUCUACGGUCAGUAAGGCAUCACCAAGUACCAAAAUCAUUUCCAAUGUAAAUUCUUCCACAAACGUAGAUUGCACCAAAUCAACCUCAGGCGCUACUUAUACUUUACUUACUCCAUCCUAUUUUAACACCUCAGAACGAAAAAGAGUUUCAAUUUAUUCUCCAUCAGAGGGACUUUUGAAGCCUACUUGGUUUCCUUCUUGGCGUUAUUUUGACAUGGCAUAUUUGGAGAGCACUGUUCUUAAAGAUUUGGAAGAAAAGAAAUUGCAAACACCUCCCCAUACUUCUUUGAAACCUUUGAAACACAACACACCCAAUGCCCCAAUGCCAUCAAGCCCUCCGUUCCACCACAGUAUGCCCCAACUUGGUACAUCUGCAUCUUCUACAUCCUUAACUGAAGAGGAAUUACUUUCGAGUUUAAUCAACGACGGAUCUGUUAUCAAACUUGAUCCUAUGGACAAUUCAGCAAAGAAAGGAUCAGCUUCAGACAAGAAGUUUGCUGGUGGUUCUUGGUCCAACUCGCCACAUCCAAGCAAGCUUCCAAAACCUCUUUUCAAUCAUUGA